UAAGCUUCUAUACGAAGGCAAAGGGUGCACUGUGGAAUUGAUCGCUAAAAAGAAAGUGGAAAUGAUCAAAUUCACGACUGGAUACGUUAAAGAUGGCUGUAACCUGGAGUGCGACGACGGUGAAGACAGAUUAAAGGGACUUUCAAAUCUCCUGCCAUUCGCCUACAGCAAAAGCAAAAAGGACAUCAAAAAUUACACCAAUGGUCCAUUCUACGAUGGUAAUACCGAGUGCGAUACAGUAAGAUGUGUGGGGGGCAAGUGCAUGAAGGAUACAUUUCUUGAAGUCUCAUGGAGGAAAUGUGGUGGUGAUGUAUCCGCUAAAACCCAUUUAAUUGGUGAAGUUGUAUCAGCUUCUUCAAGCUUGGAUCAAGUGGAAGAAGAACAAGGUGGUGAUAAGACGGAAUUCAAUCUGGAGAUAUAUGCUAAUAACAGCUUCAAAAUGUUGUUUAACGAAAACAUGAAAAAAUCUUUAGUGGCAAACAAGAUUAACUGCACUCCAAAAAACAAGAGGGCCAUUGUCGAACCAUCAUCAUGGGAAAUCAAAAAUGGAGUUGGAGACCUGCAAGGCAAACAUCUGCUCGUAUUCCAUCUACUUCCACAAAAUGCUACACGAUUGCACGACGAUGGCAAAUUAAUGAAUUCUACGAGAGUCAGACCAAAAUGUGAUCUCUUCAUUCGCUUUAACAGGACAGACGAUGGCUACGAGUUUCUUCGGGUCGACCUUCAAACAACAACUACAAGCACAACUACAACAACACCCAAACCGACACCAAGUACCACAUCACCAACUGUCAAGGCAACUUCAACUCCACCAGAGCAAAAGACUACACAGAAAGUUCAAGAAGUAGCGGCCACCGAAGGAGGAAGCAGUGCCUGGUUUUGGAUAGUUGUGAUUUUUGUGGUGAUUGCUGUAAUUGGCGGCGCUGUCGGGUUCUACUUCUACCGAAAAAAUCAAAAGAUAAAAGAAGAGGACGAGAAAGAGAGAGCAACUCCGAAGGACUCGGCUUCGAAGAUGGAAUCAACUCUAAAGGACCCGGCCCAGAAGGAGGAAUCGGCACCAAAAAAGGAAGUAGACCCGAAGGAAUCAACUCCAAAGGACCCGGCGCCGGAUAAGUCAGACGCUGUGAAGAGCAAACAGGCAGGCACGACAUCGGAUAUUCCAAUUCCAACGGAUAUGAUGUCGGAGGCUAAAGAGGCGGAUCAGUAA